CGUAAGAUCCAUGGAGUGUCCCGCCGCCUCGUGAGAGAGAGAGAGAGAGAGAGAGAGAGAGAGAGAGCGCAACGGCCAAUGGCCAACCCACAUGGAGCAACCCGCCUGAUCGCUGAGGAGUUUUUGCUUAAACCUUUUCCAGCAGCAGCUGUGAAAGAACCUCCCAUUUAUCCGGGAGAGAGACAGAAAGCAUUUUAGGAACCAUCUUUGGUAAGGGCAAGACACAGUGACCUUGCCUAAGCUGCGGCAACCGUGAGGAGAAACAGUUGAGACAGGACAUGGAAGAAUCGGGGGCUGAUUAUAACUGCUAAGGCAUUAAGCCAUAUUUACCUCAAGCAAGAGGUUUAUUGCCCCGUUUAAAGUUUCUUUUCAAAAAGGAAAGAUGUUUAGCAACUCUCCUCCCCCUGGUCGGGGUUCCUCUGCCUUUUAACAUACAGCAUGGCUAGAAAAAAUUAGUAGAUAAAGCUUCUUCCCUAUCUCUUCUAUUCUGUACAGGUGGAAACUUCACCAGUUGAUUUUCUGCCCGUCAUAUUAAGGCACAGUACCUCCUCCCCUUUCAAAAAAAAUUCCAACUCUCUGGAAAGUUUAAAGUAUAUAUCUUUAUUUCGGCACUUGACCGCAGUAGAAUAUCCGAUAGAUUGUUAAGGUAACUAAAAACAAAAAAGAAGCUGAAUAAUGAUCUCAAAAUCAGUUUUUGUAUUUGAAUGCCCAAAGCCAAAAUGGAGACAGGAGGAUCCGGAUUCGCCGACAUCUUAUCUACGGGCAGGGAAAAUUAGUAGAGACUUCUGGCGCUCCGUCGCCAUCUUGUCUAUGGGCAAGGCGAUGACUACAGAAAGCUGCCUUCCUCUGCCAUCUUGCUUAUGGGCAAUGUUACCCAGCACAUCGAGUAAGGGCAGCUGAGGGAUUUAGUCGCCUACCUAUGACGCCAUCAUCAUUCGUCUCGCCAUGCUGCUGCUUGUCUGCUAUCAACAGACUCUUAGCUGCAACGGAAUCCACUGUGAGAUUCGCGCUUCUUCCUAGAUUAUUGUGUGCCUGCUGAUAGAGAGAUAAAAGAUAGAAGAUGGUUCUAUAUGCUCCAUUCCUGCGGAUUUUAUUAAAUACACUUUCACUCUGACUCCUGUAGAUUUGAAGGUGGUAUGCACUGGGGCGGAGGGAUCUUGCCAUCUGUCCACACUUUGUGGUGGUGUCUAAUCAUAGUUGACAUGACUUUGGACUCAGAAACAUUUUUUAAAAAUGAAGAAACAGGCAAAAUGAAUAUUUUGUCAUCAUGCAUUUAAGCACCAGAUAUUUUCUGUACGUUCUGAAGAGCAAUAUUGGUCACUGCAAGAACUACUGCAAAUAUUCCGCAUCACCAGUCCUAAGAUCCUGUAGUCAAACAAAACAAGUAUAUUUGCUUGCAAAGUACUUUAGAAAUGCCUGCAUUGUUCCUGGUUCCCAUGGAGGUGUUCAACCAUGGAGGUUCUUUUCCUGUAAGGAUCUUCUGAAGUCAGAGCAGGAGAACUGGAGGGCUUGUUCAGGAAAUUAUAUGGAUAUGACAAAGAGGAUCAAACGAAGAUUAGAAGCUUAUUAUGACAAGUAUUCAUCCAAUCUGAGUAGCCCAGUGAUUAGGUUUGGAGAGUAUGCUUACUUUGAAGACAAUGGCUGCAUAUUUCGUUCAAAGCUGGGAGAAGUAGAUGAAGGAAACAGUGAAGUAUUGCUUAGUACAGAAGCUCUGCCAUUUCAUAAUUCCCUUAUCCAGCGCAUCCGAAUUUCCCCAGACCACAGAUAUAUGGCUACCGGGAUUAAAAGUGCACAUUCUGAAGAGUCUGCUUGUAUUGUUGUGAAACUAAAUACGUUAACAAAAGUUGAAUGUAUUAUCCCAAAUGUUUUUAGCUUUGAAUGGGCUACAAAUGAGAUUCUGUUCUAUACCAUCCAAAAGAACUUACAGUGUCAUGAUGUGCAUUUAUCUGAUUUUAACAAAAAACAUUCUGAGCUGGUUUAUACAGAACAUGAUGCAAGAUAUUUUGUGGAUCUCUACUGCACAAAAGACAAGCGCUUUUUGACUAUAAAUAGUAACAGCAAGACUUCCUCUGAAGUGUGGUUGGUUGAUUGUCACCACCCUUUCAAAUCUCCUGUUCUUGUGCAACAACGAACUGAAGGAGUCAUUUACCAUGUUGAACACAGAAACAAUGAGCUGUACAUGCUUACUACAUAUGGAGAUCCAGUGGGAUACAAGCUGAUGAAGGCUCCAGUUGACUCAUGUGGUUUGGAGAACUGGCUGUCCAUUUACACAGUAAAAGAAAAUACCAAAUUGAUUGACUUGGAGAUGUUCAAAGACUACUGUGUUGUAUUUCUGAAGUUCUGCAGUCAUCUCUAUUUAGAUAUUAUUUAUUUCGACUCCAACUCAGUUCACAGUGUUAAGCUACCUGCCUGGGCCUGUUCAUUUGAAUUGGAACCUUGUCCUGAGUACACCGCCAGCACUUGCUAUUUUUGGCUGAUCUCCCCAAUUCAUCCUCCAAUACGUUUUGCAUACUCAUUGAUGAAAAACAGCCUUAUUGAGCACACUGAGCAAGAGGUAUCAGUUACGGUGAAUUGUCACACUGUACGUUUAGAAGCUAAGAGCAAGGAUGAAACUUGCGUGCCAAUUACAGUUUUUCACAAAGCCAAUUCUAAAGAACUGCGCAGGAUGCCACUUCUGGUUCAUGUAUACGGAGCUUAUGGCAUAGAUUUAAACAUGAGCUUUAAAGCAGAAAAUUUAAUGUUAAUCAAGGAUGGGUGGAUAUUGGCAUACUGUCAUGUUAGAGGUGGCGGAGAAUUAGGUCUGUCAUGGCAUAAAGAUGGCUGUACAACAAAGAAGCACAAUGGUAUUCAAGACCUCCAGGCCUGCAUAAAGUUGUUGCAUGAACUGGGAUAUUCUCAGCCAACUCAUACAGCACUGAUGAGCAUGAGUGCUGGAGGAGUUCUUGCAGGAGCUCUCUACAAUAACAAUCCUCAACUUAUUAGAGCUAUGGUUUUACAGGCCCCAUUCCUGGAUGUUUUAAAUACAAUGUUGGACCCUCAUCUUCCCCUAACUAUUGAAGAACAAGAAGAAUGGGGAAAUCCUUUGGUUGAUGUGAUUUGCAAGGAGUAUAUUAAUAGCUACUGUCCCUACCAGAAUAUUAGGCCACAGAAUUAUCCUUCUGUUUUCAUCACAGCCUCUGAAAAUGAUCAACGCAUACCUCUGGCUGGGUUAUUAAGAUACAUCAGUAAACUUAGAAAAGCUGUACAAGAUCAUGCCCAAGCCAACAGCACAGAUGAGAAAGGACUUCAGAUGCCUAAUAUUAUCUUAGAUGUUCAGCCAGGAGGCAGCCAUUGUGCUCCAUCUUGGGAAGAUUCUUUAAAUCAGGUUGCAACACAACUAGCAUUUCUGUACAAGCAGCUUGGACUUGACAAGCAGGAAUAACUGAGCAAAACUGGAAUGUUCUUCCCGAUUCUAAAAAUCAGAGGAAAUCAUUUUGAUUGAAUUGGAAACAAUUUAAAAUUACUUAUGUGUGGAAUUAUUUUAGAAGUGGCUGAAGUAUUCUGGAGUAAUUUAUCACUAAUUUUUAAGAAAACUGAUGAAAUUACAAACUGAAAAGUUGUAUACCUCCAUCCUGUUUUUACCUAAAUA